UAUUGUUGGCAGUGUGGUUGGGCAUUGCAGGGGGUGGAGGACAUGACAUUUGUGGCCAGUGGAUAAAGGGGCCUAACCUCUACUGGGCCACAUCCAACCGCAGUGUGCUGGAUCUCUUUGUGUCUGUGUCAGUCUUAUAUUUUGUCUACUGACAGCUUCUGGCGAUGGCCCCGAAGAAGAAGGAAGAGCCGAAACCUGCAGCAGCACCAGCACCUAAUCCGCCAGAGCCAGAGCGCCCUAAGACACCGGAGUUUGACCCCGCAACAGUUACGCUGGAAUUCACCCCCGAGCAAAUUGAGGACUUCAAAGAUUCCUUCCAGCUGUUUGACAGGACACCAGCCAAUGAGAUGAAAAUCACUUACGCCCAGUGUGGUGACCUGAUUAGGGCUUUGGGGCAGAAUCCUACCAACACAGAGAUCAUGAAUGUCCUUGGAAAGCCCAAGCCUGAAGACAUGCAGACCAAGAUGCUUGACUUUGACCAGUUUCUGCCCAUGCUCCAACACAUUUGCAAGGCCAAGGACCGUGGAACAUAUGAGGACUUUGUGGAGGGUUUGAGGGUCUUUGACAAGGAAGGGAAUGGCACAGUCAUGGGAGCUGAGCUCAGGCAUGUUCUUGCAACACUGGGUGAAAAGAUGAAUGAGGGUGAGGUGGAGCAGCUGAUGCAAAACCAGGAGGAUGCUAAUGGGUGCAUCAAUUAUGAAGCUUUUGUAAAAUACAUUAUGGCAACUUAAAAUUGGCAAAAAUGCAUUUCAGCCUGAUUGUCGUGCAUUAUGAGAUCCACACGAGUAAGUAAUGAGUUGUUUCGUCUUUAUAUAGGAAAGCAAUACCCUGAAUUCUUGACAGCAGAUCUAUGUCUCCAUAAAUCCAA